AUGCCGCUGCCCAUCAGCCAUGAUCGUGAUGCUUUCGCUGGAGCUGGUCGUGGCCACGAUCGCUCCUUCUCUGCCUCCUCACUGCCCGACCUGAGCCACAGCCAUGAUAGCGACAAUGACCCUCCCACCGCAACUACCAGUCUCUUGCCUCGAGAGAUGCCUGUCUUCGGUGACAAGUCCCCCGGCGUCGCUCGUAUCGAAAUCAUAAACUCCCACCUGACUCAGACGGACCGCAUCUUCCUGUUCAUCGGCGUCUUCCUGGUGGGCUAUGCCUAUGGUCUCGACAGCCAGGUUCGCUCGACAUACCAGACCUAUGCGACGUCGAGCUUCGGGAAGCACUCGCUGCUCGCCACCGUCAAUGUCAUUCGCAGUGUUAUCGCGGCUGCUGGCCAGCCCGUUGCUGCGAGGAUUGCCGAUAUCUUUGGCCGGUUCGAGUUGGUCGCCAUAUCAAUCGUAUUCUAUAUCAUCGGGACGGUCGUGGAGGCCUCUGCCAGCAAUAUCGAAACAUUUGCUGCAGGUACUGUGCUCUAUCAAGUGGGAUACACCUGUAUUGUCCUGCUGGUCGAAGUCAUCAUCGCCGAUAUAACCUCGAUGCGGUCGCGCGUGUUCUUCAGCUACCUUCCGGCCCUUCCGUUCAUUAUAAAUACAUGGAUCAGUGGGAAUAUCACGGCGGCCGUCCUCCAGAAGACGUCCUGGCGAUGGGGCAUAGGGAUGUGGUGCAUUAUCUACUUUUUCUGCUCUCUCCCUCUUCUAUUCUCCCUGUAUCAUGUCGGCCGCCGUGCAGAAAAGAGUGGCGAGCUGGACAACUAUCCCACUCCGCUGCAACUCCUGGGCAUGCGCAAGUUCGGGAUUGACGUCUUCCACCAGCUUGAUGUCGUCGGUAUUGUGCUGCUGGUCACCAUGUUUGGACUCAUCCUGGCACCGCUCACUGUUGCUGGGGGUACUGUCUCGCAAUGGCGGACUGCCAAAAUCAUCGUCCCUCUAGCCAUCGGUAUCUUGUGCAUACCAGCCUUUGUUCUUUGGGAGGUCAAGGGUGCAAAACAUCCUCUGACGCCUUUCUACCUUCUUAAAGACCGGGGCAUUUGGAGUGCACUGGUGAUUCGCUGUCUCCUCAACUUCUCCUGGUACCUGCAAGCCGACUACAUUUUUACAGUCUUAAUUGUCGCCUUUGACUUCUCCGUAACGUCGGCGACCCGGAUUCAGUCGUUUUACUCUUUCUUCGGCCUGGUCAGCGGAGUGAUCACUGGGCUGAUUAUCUACCGUCUCCGGAGGCUGAAAUACUUCAUCGUUUUCGGCACCUGCAUGUUCAUGGCAGCCUAUGGGCUGGUUAUACACUUCCGCGGCGGCUCCUCAGAAAGCUCAAAGACAGGAGUCAUUGCUGCCCAGGUCCUUCUGGGUCUGGCCGGUGGCUUCUUCGCCUAUCCAACCCAGGCCUCCGUUCAAGCAGCCACAAAACACGAGCAUAUGGCUGUCCUUACUGGUAUAUAUCUCGGCUCGUUCAAUGUCGGGAGUGCUCUGGGAACGUGCGUCUCAGGCGCAAUCUGGACGCAAACCCUUUACAAGACGUUGGCCGACAAGCUUUCAUUCCAGCCAGACGAUACUCUAGCUAAACGGGUGUAUGGAUCGCCCUUUGAAGUCAUCCCUUCAUACCCAGUCGGUACGCCGGAGAGAGAGGCCAUCAUCUACAGCUACCGGCACGUCCAGCGCAUUCUUUGCAUCACUGGAAUAUGCCUCGCUGCUCCGAUGAUUCUGUUCGCAUUUAUCCUGCGUAACCCGAAGUUGUCGAAACAGCAGAGCCAACCUGAAGCCGAGGACAGGAGUGAAUAG